UGGGGUUCCUACGUGCUGCAUCACAACAAAGUUGGAGUGGCAUUACGUUGGCUAUCAUUGGUGAUACUUCUGUAUAAGAGUCUCGAGACAUCCCCGUCGCCAAUACCCUUCUUUCCAGCUUCGGUAGUCCUAGUAAGACUAAGUAUACUGGGAGCAGUUACGCUCGCUAUAUACCUGCAACUGAAUAUCGGUACCCAACAAUGGCCCUAUUGCAACUUCUAUCCGUGCACAGGACACGGUUUGCCGCAAUGCUACUCCUCAUCCUCCUCCUCGCCACCGUCACCGUCUACGCCCUACGGACCCGGUGCACGCGCACGCGCCUCCGCAAACUCGGAACCCACCAAUACCUCCCGCUCCCGCCCGGUCCCCCCGGCGAACCGAUCCUCGGCCACCUCCGCAUCAUCCCGACCGACAACCCCGAACACGCCUACGCCGCCUGGUCAAAAGAAUACCGAUCCGACGUACUCUCCUUCAACGUCCUAGGCCAGCCGAUCAUCGUCCUCAACUCCGUCCGCGCCGCCGUCGACCUGCUCGAUAAGCGGGGCGCAAACUACGGCGAUCGCCCGCGCUUUGUGCUAUUCGAGGAGAUGGGCUGGCGCAAGACGCUGACAUUUAUGCGAUGGGGGCCAGAGUUCCGUAUGCAUCGCAGGAUCCUGCAGCGGAGCUUCUCCAAGACGAGUGUGCAGGUGUAUCACGAGCUGCAGGAGAGGGAGGCGUUGAUUCUGGUGAAGGGAAUUUUAAGUAACCCUGAAAGCUGGGAGACGUCGCUGCGGAGGUUUGCGACUGCUAUUGUGAUGAAGAUUGGGUUCGGUGUUAAUGUUGAGAGUGAUACCGACCCGUAUAUCCAAAUGGCCGCGGAUGCAUCCUACGCCCUCGGCCAUGGAGGGGCGCCGGCCGGGACGCUUGUUGACUACUUCCCUUUUGUGCGGUACCUCCCCGACUGGCUGGUCCGAGACCGAUCACUCCGCUUCGCGCGGACCUGGAGCUGGGCGAUCCGCCAGAUCCACGAUGCGCCAUACGCCGCUGUGGCUGCCAAGAGGACCCAAGACCGGGAACAUAGCCUCGUCAAGACCCUACUGGAGCAGAGGGCAGAGCAGAUGGAGUCCGGCAUCGUGCCGGAGCUGUCGAUAGACGACAUCAAGGGUGCUGCGGGGGCAGUCUAUGCCGCGGGGCAGGAUACGACUUGGUCCACGCUGGUGGUGUUUGUCCUCAACAUGGUUCUGCACCCCGAGGUACAGGAAAAAGCGCAGAGGAUGCUGGACGAGGUCGUCGGGGGCGAGAGGAUGCCUUCUUUCGAGGACCGGCCGAAGCUGCCGUAUAUCGACUAUAUCGUCCAGGAGACGCUGCGGUGGUGCCCUGUAUCCCCUAUCGGUGUCCCGCACCGCUCACUCGAGGAUGAUGUGUACGAUGGCAUGUUUAUACCAAAGGGGUCGUUCGUGUACGCCAACGCGCGUGCCAUGACUCACGAUGAGCGGACGUAUGCUGAUCCUGAGGUGUUUGACCCAGAGAGGUACGUUCCUGUUGAGCGGGGCGGUCGCGGGGAGCCGUUUUCGGUGGGACAGUUUGGGUUUGGGAGGAGGGUUUGUAUUGGCAAGCAUCUUGCGGAGGCGAGUGUUUGGAUUGUGAUUGCUUCCAUGUUGGCGACGGUCAAGAUUGAGAGGGCGAGAGGGCCGAGGGGGGAGGAAAUUAUACCACGUGUGGAGUUGACGAAUGGGCUUACGAGUCACCCGAAGCGAUUCCCGUGCCGGAUUAUACCCAGGAUUGCUCGUAGUGCAGAGAUGGUUAUUUCUGCCACCUAGUAGGUGCACCCUACUGAGGGGUCUUCGGACGGGUGUAUUGCGCAAUGAUUUGCAUGCCUAGCAGAUCGUCAUUGCUGAAUGUUGUAAAUAUUUCUGUUCACGGGGAAAGGAAUGGGGG